AUGCGGUAUGGAGAUCGCAUGUGCAUGUUUUGUCCAUUAGGAGAGGAACAACAAAUGCGGUUAUUUGGAUGCAUCUACGACAUCGUAGGUACGGUGACUAGGCGCAGAUGCGGUCCUGGAACUUUACGUGACUUUUUGCAGGUGCACACCUGGGACCGCAGAUUUCUCAAUACGUCUUCUACAUCACUGCGUGGAAUACUUGAGACCAACAAGUUGGUAGGACCAAACUUUGAUGAUUGGUACGUAAAUUUGAGAAUUGUUCUCAUGCAUGAAAAGCUUAUUGAUGUGAUCGAUAAACAUGCCAAGGAAGUCCCAGAUGAGGAUGAUGAUGAUGAUGCUACCAAGAUUUAUCAGAAAUACUUGGAAGAAUGUCUUACUACCAAAUGCAUCAUUCUCGCUUCUAUGAGUUCUGAACUACAGAAGAAACAUCAGAAUAUCGAUCUAACUGCAAUCCUUGAACAUCUUAAGAAGAUAUUUGAUACACAAAGUAGGACAGCUAGAUACCAGCUAUCUAAGGAUUUAUUUGUAUCCAAAUUGACUGGAAACUCUCUAGUUGGACACUAUGUCAAUCAUAUGAUUAAUCUUAUUGAAGAACUUGAGAAGUUGGGGUGCAAACUGGGUAAAGAGAUUUCUCAAGAUUUGAUCUUACAACCACUAUCAGAAUCCUUUUCACAAUUUGUUAUUAAUUUCAAUAUGCAUAAAAUGGAUUGUGAUCUUCAUGAGAUGCUUAACAUACUGAUUGAUUAUGAGAAUCAAAUUGCAUCUGAGAAGAAGUAA